CAAACACGCCGGAGACGCGCCUGGGCCCUUGGCCUCGGGAGCGCGCCGCUCGCGCCCGCGAGCCUCGGGUGGCCGCGCGGCGGCCGGGAUGGCGCGGCGCGGCCCGGGCGGCUAGGGCCGCGCGCCUCAGGGAAGCCCCCCGGACGCUGGCUGGCUGACUCUCGAGAUGCCCAACCCCAAAAACAGCAAAGGCGGCCGCAAAAACAAACGCGCCAACAGCAGCGGGGACGAGCAGGAAAAUGGAGCCGGGGCCCUGGCCGGCGCGGGAGCGGCGGGCGCGGCGGGCACCGGGGGGCCCCUGGCGGCGGCUGCAGGCUGCGGGGCGGGCGCGGCGGCGGCGGCGGGCGCGGCGGGCACCGGGGGCGCGGCGGGCACCGGGGCCGCGGGAACUGGCACCGCGAACGCCGCGCUGGCCGCGGGCGCCUUCGCCGCGGGCGACGCCAGGAACGAAGCCCCUUGUGCCACGCCGCUGAUCUGCAGCUUCGGGAGGCCGGUGGACCUAGAGAAGGACGACUACCAGAAGGUGGUGUGCAACAAUGAGCACUGCCCGUGCGGUACCUGGAUGCACCUGCAGUGCUUCUACGAGUGGGAGAGCAGCAUCCUGGUGCAGUUCAACUGCAUCGGCCGGGCCCGCAGCUGGAACGAGAAGCAGUGCCGCCAGAACAUGUGGACCAAGAAGGGCUACGACCUGGCCUUCCGCUUCUGCUCCUGCCGCUGCGGCCAGGGGCAUUUGAAGAAGGACACAGACUGGUACCAGGUGAAGCGGAUGCAAGAGGAGAAAAAGAAGAAGUCUGGGGCAGAGAAGAACACGGGGAGGCCGCCAGGGGAGGCCGGCGAGGAGGCCAAAAAGUGCAGGCCCCCAAACAAACCUCUGAAAGGCCUGAGCCACGACCUCCCGCGGCGGCAUUCCAUGGACCGGCAGAAUUCCCAGGAGAAAGUCAGUGCUGUGGGCUAUGGGGCCCGCUCGCCCUGUGCCUCCCCUGGGCAGUCGCCACCCACAGGAUAUCCCAUCCUCUCUCCCGCCCAUUUCGGCGGCCCGCGAUCCUCCAGAUACCUUGGGGAAUUCUUAAAGAAUGCCAUCCACCUGGAGCCUCACAAAAAGGCCAUGGCAGGGGGACACGUGUUCCGAAAUGUCCACUUUGACUACAGCCCUGCCGGGCUGGCAGUUCACAGAGGGGGACACUUCGAUGCCCCUGUUCAGUUCCUGCGGCGCCUGGACCUCUCGGAGCUGCUUACUCACAUCCCCAGGCAUAAGCUCAACACUUUCCACGUGCGGAUGGAAGACGACGCCCAAGUGGGCCAGGGCGAGGAGCUGCGCAAGUUCAUUCUCGCUGCCCUGAGCGCCAGCCACAGGAACGUUGUCAACUGUGCCCUGUGCCACCGGGCACUGCCCGUGUUUGAACAGUUCCCACUGGUGGAUGGGACUCUGUUCUUAAGCCCCUCAAGACACGAUGAGAUUGAAUACGAUGUUCCUUGUCACCUUCAAGGGAGACUAAUGCACCUGUAUGCGGUGUGUGUGGACUGCCUGGAAGGAGUUCACAAGAUCAUCUGCAUCAAGUGCAAGUCGCGAUGGGAUGGCAGCUGGCACCAGCUGGGCACCAUGUACACCUACGACAUCCUGGCUGCCUCUCCCUGUUGUCAGGCCCGCCUGAACUGUAAGCACUGUGGGAAGCCUGUGAUUGACGUGCGGAUUGGGAUGCAAUACUUCUCCGAGUACAGCAACGUCCAGCAGUGUCCACACUGUGGGAACCUGGACUACCAUUUCGUGAAGCCAUUUUCCUCCUUCAAAGUUCUCGAAGCUUAUUGAUGAAAGCUUUGCUUUAAUAAUAGCUAUUUUGUUUACUUUAUUACAUAUCUUUUAUAGGGCA